CGCCCUCCCGGCGGCAUGUACCUGUUGGACGGCAGCGGCGAGCCCGCGUCCCCGCCCGCGGACGCCAUGCGGCGCGGGGCGCCCCCCAGGAAGACCGUCUUCCGCAUCUGCGUGACCAUGGUCAGGCAGGAGCAGCUGGCCGCGGCGGGGGACGGCGGCCCCGACUCCCGCGCUCCUCGGCGGCCCCGGCCCGCACGCUCCCCUGACGCGCCGGGAAGACUCGAGGAAGAGGAGGACGCCGAGGGCCGCCCGCCCCGCGCCUGGGACUUCCGCACCUUCCGCACCCGCAGCACCGGGCAGCUGGAGCUCGUGCGGCUGCGGCUGUGCGCACGCGGCGGCAGCCCGGAGCCCGCGGACUGCAGGGGCGUCCCGCCGGGGCCCGGGGACCUGGCCGCCAGCCCCCCGGCCGUCGAGGAAGGUUUCGGGGCCGAGGGGCCCGGAUCGCCGACGCCCAGCAGCCCUGACGUGGAGGCGACGCGACCCGCGCCCCUGCGGCGGAGCCUCAGCUUCAGGCACUGGAGCGCGCCCGAGCCGCCCCGGGGCCGGGCCCUGGGCCGCGGGCGGCGCCACAGCAGCUCCGGGAGCCUGGCCCGGGCGCCGAGCGGCGAGACCGCGGCCGGACCCGAGGUCGCCCUGGAGCCCGGGGCGGCCGCGCAGCCCACCUCGGAGAAGCGUAACACCCUGGACGUGGGCGAGGUGCUCGGCCAGAACGACGUGCUUUCGAACCUGGAGCGCUGGGAGCGCAGCAAGAGCAAGAACCGCACGCUGGACAACAGCGACCUGCAGCGGCUGGAGCGGGCGCGGGCUGCGGGUGCCGGCCCCGGCGCGGCCUCCGAGCACCGGCUGCUGCGCUUCUUCAGCGGCAUCUUCGCGCGCAGAGAUGGCGCAUUCGGAGGCGGCCCCGGCGGCGCGCGGUCCCCCCGGAGCGGCGCCUCGCGGCCGCGGGGCUACUUCAGCCUGCGCCGGGCCCCGGCCGACACCCACUCGUCCAGCGCCGAGAGCAUCGACGGGUCCCCGCGCAGAGAUGCCUUCGUGAAUAGCCAGGAAUGGACGCUGAGCCGGUCUGUCCCGGAGCUCAAAGUGGGCAUUGUGGGUAACCUGGCCAGUGGCAAGUCCGCCCUGGUGCACCGCUACCUGACGGGCACGUACGUGCAGGAGGAGUCUCCCGAAGAUAUGGACGCAGGUGGAAGGUUCAAGAAAGAGAUUGUUGUUGAUGGACAAAGCUAUCUGCUGCUGAUUAGAGACGAAGGGGGCCCCCCAGAGGCGCAGUUUGCCAUGUGGGUGGACGCUGUUAUCUUCGUCUUCAGCCUGGAGGAUGAGAUAAGUUUCCAGACUGUUUACCACUACUACAGCCGAAUGGCCAGCUACCGGAACACGAGCGAGAUUCCCUUGGUUCUGGUGGGAACCCAGGACGCCAUAAGCUCCAGCAACCCACGCGUCAUCGACGACGCCCGCGCGCGGAAGCUCUCCAACGACCUCAAGCGCUGCACCUACUACGAGACCUGUGCCACCUACGGGCUGAACGUGGAGCGCGUCUUCCAGGACGUUGCCCAGAAGAUUGUUGCCACGAGGAAGAAGCAGCAGCUCUCCAUAGGGCCUUGCAAGUCCUUACCCAGCUCACCAAGCCACUCGUCCGUCUGCUCCGCGCAAGUGUCCGCCGUGCACGUCAGCCAGACGAGUAACGGCGGCGGGAGCCUGAGCGACUACUCCUCCUCCGUGCCCUCGACACCCAGCACCAGCCAGAAGGAGCUGCGCAUCGACGUGCCUCCCGCCGCCAACACGCCCACCCCCGUCCGUAAGCAGUCCAAGCGCCGGUCCAACCUCUUCACCUCUCGGAAAGGGAGUGACCCAGACAAAGAGAAGAAAGGCUUGGAGGGCCGAGCAGACAGCAUCGGGAGCGGCCGCGCAAUCCCAAUUAAGCAGGGUGUGCUGCUGAAGCGAAGCGGCAAAUCACUGAACAAGGAGUGGAAGAAGAAGUACGUGACCCUGUGUGACAACGGCGUGCUGACCUACCAUCCAAGCUUGCAUGAUUACAUGCAGAACGUUCACGGCAAAGAGAUCGAUCUCCUGAGAACCACCGUGAAGGUCCCGGGGAAGGGCCCCCCCCGAGCCACAUCGGCCUGCGCACCCAUCUCCAGCCCUAAGACCAACGGCCUCUCCAAGGAUGUAAGCGGCUUGCACAUCUCGCCCAAUUCAGACACGGGGCUGGGCGAGUCCGUGUGCUCCAGCCCAAGCAUCUCCAGCAGCACCAGCCCCAAACUCGACCCGCCCCCCUCUCCCCACGCCAACAGAAAGAAGCACCGUCGGAAGAAAAGCACCGGCAACUUCAAAGCCGACGGCCUCUCGGGCACCGCAGAAGCCAAACGCAAAGCAUGGAAACUAAACCGUGUUGGUAGCCUGCGAAAUAUUUACACCAGCAGCAGUAGCACCAACACAGAAGAGCAAGAGGAAAACUUUGAGUUUAUCAUCGUGUCCCUCACCGGCCAGACAUGGCACUUUGAAGCCACCACAUAUGAAGAGAGGGAUGCGUGGGUCCAAGCCAUCGAGAGUCAGAUCCUGGCCAGCUUACAGUCCUGUGAGAGCAGCAAAAACAAGUCCCGGCUGACCAGCCAGAGUGAAGCCAUGGCCCUGCAGUCGAUCCGAAACAUCAGGGGGAAUUCACACUGCGUGGACUGCGAGACCCAGAAUCCUAACUGGGCCAGUUUGAACUUGGGAGCCCUCAUGUGCAUCGAGUGCUCAGGGAUCCACCGGAAUCUUGGCACCCACCUUUCCCGAGUCCGAUCGCUGGACCUCGACGACUGGCCCAUUGAGCUUAUCAAAGUGAUGUCUUCCAUCGGGAAUGAGCUGGCCAACAGUGUCUGGGAAGAGAGCUGCCAGGGGCGGGCAAAACCCUCACUGGACUCCACAAGGGACGAGAAGGAGCGGUGGAUCCGGGCCAAGUACGAGCAGAAGCUCUUCCUGGCCCCGCUGCCCUGCACGGAGCUGUCCCUGGGCCAGCACCUGCUGCGGGCCACGGCCGACGAGGACCUGCGGACGGUCAUCCUGCUGCUGGCGCACGGCUCCCAGGACGAGGUGAACGAGACCUGCGGCGAGGGCGAUGGGCGCACGGCCCUGCACCUGGCCAGCCGCCGGGGCAGCGUGGUGCUGCUGCAGCUCCUGAUCUGGUACGGCGUGGACGUCAUGGCCCGGGACGCCCACGGGAACACGGCGCUGGCCUACGCCCGGCAGGCCUCCAGCCAGGAGUGCAUCGACGUCCUGCUGCAGUACGGCUGCCCCGACGAGCGCUUCGUGCUCAUGGCCACCCCCAACCUGUCCCGGAAAAACCACAACCGGAACAACAGCAGCGGCAGGCUGCCCACCGUCAUCUGACGCCCGCCGGCACCCACUGCCUCCGCGCCCUCUCUCCCGGAGGUUGCCACACGUGAGUCCUGCCGUGUCCCCCCUCUCUACCCGGCGGUUACCUCCCCACCCACCCCCGC